AUUGGCACUCUCUUUGUCGUUGGUCUAUAAACCAAUUUACACAUGGUGAUGUCGCCAUGGAAAGCCAAAACUCUCUCCCAUGCAAACCUGCUGAUUAGAAGGUGCUGUAUAGAUGUGGGAAACUCUCUUUUCAUGGCACUUCAAUAUUGAAGUGAAUUUUUCGUAGCAGGUUAGGAAACUGAGGUGAAGGUCAGGAAAAGGGUUAGGGUUAGUGAAAAUGACCUCAAAACCUUCUACGAAAAUUACUUUGCAUUGAAGUGCUGUGAAAAGAAUGUGUCCCUGCUCAGGUGUUACAUGCAUCAACCAAUGGUUGUGUGCCAAGUCAAUCGAAAUGAAUGAAGAAGACAAGGUCAUUCUAGUGAGUUAAUAAAAUGACAAGGUGUUGCCUGUCAGCGUUGUAGACUACUGCCUCACAAGCCCGGGCUUUAGUGGCACUGGCAUACGCGCUUGCCUCUGCACUGAAGGAGCCACCGAACGCGUCCGCGUUGCAGCUCUCACUUUCUCCCGCUACAGUAUGUCCUACAAUGACAUAUUUGGUGGGGAUUGGCAGCCAACAAUAGGAUUGGGACUAAAUCAAAGAAUAAAACGAUAUUGAAAUGAAUAUUAUUAACAAAUAUUUCCCAGAAGAUUUUGGGUUCAACCUAAGGCUGACUAGGACAGAUCAAUCAACUUGAUCCGACACAGUAAGCCUACAUGUCAUACGUAAGUAAACCCACAAGAGAGACAAUAUUGCAAAGGCAGGAGCAUGUUCGAUGGAAGGCGUAGGGGUAGGCAAUCGAAAACGUUUGACGGGGAAAUUUCUGUCAAUAUUAGCUAGUCCUACUGAGUGGGCAAGUAACCUUUCCCGCGCUCUUCCUAAAAAUACUAUUUGUGAUGUCAUAAAGGUCUAACGUUCCAUGACGUAGCAUGUAGCCCUAAAUUACAGUCCCUGCCUGCAAUAUUGUCCUCACUCUCGACCUGAACUCAACUUGAAUGUAACCAACACAGACAAGGACAUGCUUUUUGAGACAUAAAAUAGCUUGAAUGGAUGAGGAAAAGGUAAGCUAAAUUACUUCAUACAAUAUUGGGGUAAAGCAAUCUAAGCGGAUAUUUCUUGUAAAAAGCUAUAACAUAUUGUAAAGCAAAUGUACCAUUCUUUAUAAAGUCACCAGCUUAGCUCUGAUAUGGCUGUAGCUCUAUUUAUGAUGUCCUCUGCACAGAUCUACUCUGACAUUGACAUAUUAUUACUUAUUGGAAUGUCUGUCCUUCAGGUAGCACAGAGGGAGGAUGGUGAUCCUCAGAGGGAAGGAAAGGAAGUUGUUGAGGAAGAACCGGUGGCCACGCCCAAAGAGGAGGCCAAGAAGGGAAGGAAGGCAAAAAGGAAGAGGAGUGGCAAGAAGUCAAGGAAGCUGGGCACUGACAACGAUGCAGUCUCCAGGAAUAAACACCUGGAUAGAGGAUCUGUAAUUGAGCUCCUGGAGAAGAAAGCUGUUAAGGCUGCAUUCGGCCCAGGCAACAAGGAUGAGAUGGAAUACUCCUACCCAAUCCUCAUCUCAUUCCUGCGCAAUCUUACUGAUGAGCAGUGGCAAGUGAUCUACAAAGGACUAAAAAACCCUAUGACGAAGGAACAGCUUGCCAAAUUGUGCAAGACAAUUGUAACCUUCAUCGCACAGACCACCCUGCAGAUCCUGCUGCCAGCCCUGGCCCGCGUACUUGGGGUAAAGGACUUUGCUGACGACGACACUGACUCACCCAAGAGGGGUGGCAGUGCAAGAUCCUUUGCUGCCUUUGAUCAGGAAAGACUGGAGCUCAUCCAGGAAGUUAGAUAUCUGGCGAAGAAAAUGUAUAAGGGCGGCACAGGGGCUCAACAUCUCAGGUCCCUAACACCCUCUUCUAAGAGCUUUUACCUUCGACAUCAACAAGCGACGCACGGGCUGGUCCUGCAGACUCCCACGCCCAUGGCCCAGGAGAACGCUGGGGGCCACCUGCUCACUCACGUCCCAGCCAUCUCCUUUGAGACCGACUCUACUGUGGAGUGCACCUCCAAGUGGACUCCGGAAGAGAGGGACCGGGUGAAGGUUAAACUGGCCAACAUGGCCUUGAUGGGAAGGAUCAAAAAGUCUUGGCUGUGAAAUGCCCAUUAUGUGUGAUUAUCGAAUUUAUAAUUUUCCACUUUUGAAACAACAAUGGGAAAGACAGGGUUUAUAGCAAAGGUUGCUCAGAUUGGGCUUUUGGAAAAAUUGGGAGAAUGAAAGUGCACUCCUGAUUCAGAGAGAAAGAUCCAUCUUAAUCAUCCAUACCAUUGUUUAAAUUACAAUUAAAAAACCAUUCAAACUGUUCCUGAGUUUCGAAAGACAGAGAAAGGAAAACAUCCUUAUCUUCAGGCUGUUCACACCUGUUCACACAAGUCCUACUGUCCACAAUCUCAGGGUUCUUCAAUACAAACACACCUGUUUCAGAAAACCUGAUCACUUUCACAUUCAAACAAUGUUUGUAGGAUACUUUCAAUAACUCAAUAAAUGUAAGUGUUGAAACCAUACAUAGCUGGUAACUUGAGCUCGGCAGAGUAGUUUUGACCUGUGUCCAGAUGCAGUCAUUUAUGUUGUCUAAAGGCAAUUUGUCUCUUAUAACAAUGUAAUUUUUCUGAAUAAUCUAAUUGAAUUGACUGGUAGGUAGUCACUAACUAUUUGUAGCAUGUGUUCCUCUGUUUAUUGAUAUUUGUAUGGUGUGUAUGUGUUAAGCUGUUAAGUAAUUAAUGUUGAUAUUAUCCAAAGGGUUUUUAACUGAAAUGUUAAAUGUUGGUGUCUCGAUCUCAGACAUUUGCGCUCAUAUUUGUAAAUAGUAUUUCAAAAAUGGCAGAAUCAAACAGUAUUGGAAUAGUGACUUGUAUUUUGCAUCUAGAAGUGUAAGAAUUUUAGAAGAAUGCUAUUUCAUCAGUCAAAUGUUGCACUGUUAUCAAACAGGGUUGUGCUGAAAAUCAAAUGAACCACAGCCAAAUUAAUCAUUUGCAACUAAGAGUAAGAUUAAAAAAGACAUGUAUAACUUACUUCCUUGAUAAAAUACAUUCUAAAAUGUAAAUAUAUGUGAUUUCUGAGUAUGUAGUGCACAUAUCUGUUUAAGGCCCAAAGCAGACGUUUUUAUAUCAAUAUCAAAUCAUUUCUGGGUAACAAUUAAGUACCUUACUGUAAUACAUUACGAUGAAAAUGGUCCAAAAUGUAUUUUUUGCAAAAAACACUUUCUCAAGCACUAAUUUUGCUAGGACUGUCUGGGAGUGGUCAGUGUGGAGGGGAAAUUAAAGCUAGCUGUUAUUGGCA